UUAAGAUAUUUGUUUGUAUGGAUUGCUUUUCGAUAGAUGGUAGUUUUUUGUUUCAGGUCAUUGCUAUUCUUUACAACCAGUACAUCCAGAAAAGAAUGGAGAAUCUAGUGAGAGGAAGAAGAAUAGAGAAUCUAGUGAGAAGAAGAAGUAUGGAGAAUCCAGUGAGAAGAAGUAUGGAGAAUCUGGUGAGAAGAAGAAGUAUGGAGAAUCUGGUGAGAAGAAGAAGUAUGGAGAAUCCAGUGAGAAGAAGUAUGGAGAAUCUGGUGAGAAGAAGAAGUAUGGAGAAUCUGGUGAGAAGAAGAAGUAUGGAGAAUCUGGUGAGAAGAAGAAGCAUGGAGAAUCCAGUGAGAAGAAGUAUGGAGAAUCUGGUGAGAAGAAGAAGUAUGGAGAAUCCAGUGAGAAGAAGAAGUAUGGAGAAUCCAGUGAGAAGAGGAAGAAUGGAAAAUCCAGUGAGAAGAAGAAGCAUGGAGAAUCCAGUGAGAAGAAGUAUGGAGAAUCUGGUUAGAAGAAGAAGUAUGGAGAAUCUGGUGAGAAGAAGAAGUAAAUGUUUUUCGUUUGUGUUUUGUAACAUAAUAUGUUAUUUCAACUAGACACUUAUGACCCUUGUCUACCUUUGAUCUGUACUAAACUAACAGAGCAGACUACAUAAUUAUGUCAAUGAAUGUCGAUCUGUAGGUACCUUAACAGAGUAGAGUAUAUAACUAUGUCAAUGAAUACAGAUCUGUAAUUACACUAACAGAGUAGAGUAUAUAACUAUGUCAAUGAAUACAGAUCUGUAAUUACACUAACAGAGUAGACUACAUAAUUAUGUCAAUAAAUGUAGACCAGUAGGUAAUUUAACAGAGUAGACUACAUAAUUAUGUCAAUGAAUGUAGAUCUCUAGGUACAAUAACAGAGUAGACUAUAUUAUUAUGUCAAUGAAUGUAGAUCUGUAACUACACUAAAAGAGUAGGCUACAUAAUUAUGUCAAGGAACGAAGAUCUGUAGGUACAUUAACAGAGUAGACUACAUAAUUAUGUCAAUGAAUAUAGGCCUAUAUUUACAUUAACAGAUUAGACUACA